UACAGGCCAGUGCAGGAUGAGCUCUCCAACUUGCAGUCCGAGGGUCUGAGCAGCAAAUCUCACUGAGCGAACUAACAGGGAUCUGCAAGCUGCAGCAAGCACCCCAAACCCUCUCUGCAAGGCUGCAGGUUAGACUUGAUGAGCCCGUGGAUCUCAGAGGAUGGUAGACACUUCUAUUCUGUCUUAUCAAGUCUUCACUGGCAAAAUAGGAUUUGACCUCCAUUACAUGCUGUAAUAGCCUAAACAAAUGGGAAUUAAAAUGCUAAUGGCUGUAACAACUCUACCAGCUACCAGUCACUAUGUAUCACCUAACCCAAAGCCACCUCCUCUGGCACCAAAGCCUGACAAGGACAAUAUCAAGUUACAAAAGAUCUUGAAGAGGGCUGCGAAGCGUAAGGCUGCACAAACAUAUUUGCAGGCUAUGGAUGUAUCAGAUAAGUUUCACUCUUACUUACCUAAGCCUUUUCGAUCUAGUUUGUCUCCUGUUAAUGAAACUAGUCCUGACCUAGAAUACUAUGAACAUCACUCUCGAUCUCCACGAUCUCUUCUGUCUCCAAGAAUACCAAGUUCAUCUUUUCCACCUUAUAGACAAGGUCCCACAAUAGUGACCCAUGCACAUGUCGCAAGUCCAUAUCCUGCACAUAAAUCCUUCUACAAGGGUAAAAUUGAACUCCUCCCUAAAAUAGAAAUCAGUACCCCACAGUCGCCUGCUGAAAAUCAGAAUCAAGCACAAGCAAAACUGCCACCACCUAUCGUUCCUGCAAAGAUAUUCACCAUUCCAACUUUCCAGCCAGGUAUCAAAGCCCAAGAAUUGCCCAAAUUCUCAGUACCACCACGGUUUUCUCCGAGCAUUUAUACACCAAGAUCUUGGUCUACCACUGAGGUCACCACAGCAAAUAUUUCCACAACUGCAUCGAAAGCAUUUAAAGGUCCUGAAGUUCCUGAAUUUCACGUCACUGAUACUUCUGGUGCCAAUGGCCCCAAUAUUAAUGUAGCCAAUGCUGUAGUCCCAGGGGUUGAAACUUACACAGCAAAGAUGGUCAUCAAUGAAGUUGAACAGGAAAGCUUUCUCAACUCUCUGCAAGCAUUGACUCCCACUUACGAAGCUCCGCGAGGAAAGACUCCAAUCUACGAAGGCCCAGCAGCAAAGACACCAAUCUACGAAGGCCCAGCAACAAUGAGUCCAACCUACGACGUCUCAAGAGCAAGGACUCCAACCUACGACACGUCAAGAGCAAGGACUCCAACCUAUGAACCCCCAGCAGCAAGAACUCCAACCUACGAAGCCUCAAGAGCAAGGACUCCAACUUAUGAAGCCUCAAGAGCAAGGACUCCAACCUAUGAACCCCCAGCAGCAAGAACUCCAACCUACGAAGCCUCAAGAGCAAGGACUCCAACUUAUGAAGCCUCAAGAGCAAGGACGCCAACUUAUGAACCCCCAGCAGCAAGGACUCCAACCUACGAAGCCUCAAGAGCAAGGACUCCAACUUAUGAAGCCUCAAGAGCAAGGACGCCAACCUAUGAACCCCCAGCAGCAAGGACUCCAACCUACGAACUCCCAGUAACAAUGACUCCAACCUAUGAACCCCCAACAGCAAAGACUCCAACCUAUGAAGCCCCAAGAGCAAGGACUCCCACGCAUGAAGCUACAAGAUCAAGAGGCAAAUAUGACCCACUGGGUGCAAACACUCUUCAAAAUGAGGGGACUCAAGAAAAUCUUACUGAAAAGGCUGCCAAUACUUCAGCCAUUGGAACGAACGAUCUCACAGCUGGCAUUGGUGCCAUUGAAAUAGAAAUUCAACGGAUGGACAUGCCCACACAGAAAACCAAAUCAGAAACCAAAUCCAGUCCAACAGACAUUGCUGAUGAGACACUGACUCACAAAGGAGCUAAGGCACUUCCUAAAGCAGAACCUCAGCUGAAAUCUCCGGAGCGUGUUAAACCUCUGAAGAGUAAGAUCAGUGGUUGGACCCGUCUCAAAAAACAUAUGAUAGUGGAAGAAGAGCCACCAAAAUUCCCAGAGCCAGAACCCAAUCUGCCAGAGGCCAGGACACAAGAACAGAACCAAGAUGAGUCAGAGGCCAAGAAACAAGAAUCAAAAAAGGCGAAAGUGUCACGAGCUAAUAAGAUGUGGGAUGCUGUGUUAUUUCAAAUGUUUGCUGCUCAACAGCACAAACACAGCGAACAGGAGUCAAAUUUGGACAACUCCAAGCAAAUGCAACAAGCAACUCCAGUAUUUAGCAGCCGCCUGCCCCUUCUGCUCUUUAAACCUCGAUUUGAUGCCAGGAAGUUAAAGGAAGCAGCUGAAAGGCCUUUGAGGAAGAUUAGCACCACUUUGAUUGAAUCAGGGCUGCAUCGCAAAGGAAUUGAUGAUGAAGAACUUAAAGACUUCAAUCGGACUGCAAAAGGUUGGCCAACACAACAAAAGGAAAUAAGCUGAACAUGCUUAACAAAAUAAGUCAGCAACUGACAUCCAGUGGUGUAGAUCAAUAGCCAUUGCACUGAUGCCAGAAAGGGAAUUACACUUAUAGAGAGUAGCACGUUUGCUGCCAAUAGUGAACUUUUUCAAAAAAUGUCAAA